AUGCCUACCGACCCCCACCAAGGAGGCGACCUCUCCUCCAUGGCCGCCACAGGCACGACAAUCCCCAACGACGCCGGAACCCAAAACAUCCUCCCUUCAGUACCCAACCCAGAACAAGCCAGCCAACCCACCACAGGCGGUCUAGGCUCUUCCUCUCUAGCAAGCGCUGCCUCCAAUACUACCGAUAUGCCCAAAGCAUCCAAAGACAUUGGUGCUACAGGAGAGGUGGUGACCGGUACUGGCGAUCAAUUGCCCGCGGCAGUGGAAAGCAAGAAUUUGCAUUUUGGAGCCAACAACCCGUUGGAUAAGGGACAUGAUAGGAGCGAUAAGCAUUCGAAGCAGAAGAAGAGUGAUCAUGAGAGGUAUGCUGCUGAGUAG